AUGUGCGCAAAUUAAGAUAACUACUCUCUAAAAGUUAAAGCUAAAUUAUCUAAUCAUACUGUAUGCUUCGACAAUCCACUUUAUGGCACUGAUCCAAAGAAAUAUGGAUAUUAUGAUUUUUGGAUAAGAUUAAAUCCUAAUGAAAACUUUAUGAUGUACGAUUGGCAAGAAAUACUAAAAUUCUAAUUUUCUGGAUCUGGUUCACAUAACGUAGUCUUUUAUAGCUAGAGAUACUUCUAGGAUAAUUGGUAUUAAGAUUUCUUCGGUGAGUGGUAUAUGAUUUCACACAAUUGGGUCAAUAUUGUCAUCGGAUUUUCUCCAUAAAACUAGAACUGGGUAAAAUUUCUUCAAUAAUUUUAAGUUUAGAUUGUAUCCAUAGAUAGAGCCAUACAAAAUCCAAAAAUGAAUGGAUAUUACAAUCAUCCUAAAUCUAUAUGUAUGUUUAAACUAAGAGUAAACGACCCCUCAACUUAUGUUCAAUUAAACUAAUUCAAAUUUUGGAGCUUCUCUCCCACAUAACUCACAAAUAACUUUAAUGGGUUCGAUGAUUUUCUAGAAAGAUACUACGGCUAGUCUUUUAAAUACUACAAUUUUACUUUGCCACCAUCUUUAGUUGAAUACUUUAGUCCAAAGCCUUAAGGUAGCUCUAAUACUUGGGUAUCAAGCAUGACUGUUAAUUAUGUGCCCCAGGUGUUUGGAGGAACUAGUCAUAUGGAAGUUGUAGAAAUUGCUACUUUCCCUGUCUCGAAUGCUCCAAUAACAACUAUUCUAAAUGCUUUACUUGUGAUUUUGGCUACUUUUAUCGAGGCCAAUAUUCUUGUGCAAAAUAAGAUUGUCCUAAGGGCUAAUACUUUAAUGAUUUAAAGAAAUAGUGUGAAGUUUGUCCUUUUCCAUGUUCUUCCUCAACAAAUCCAUGUCCUGUAAAUACUUAUAAGGAUCCUAGCUUCCCAAUUUGUUGAAACUGUUCUCAAGGAUGCCAAGCAUGUAAUGGAAGCACCACAUGCAGCAAAUGUUUAAGUGGAUAUUUUUUAUCCAAUGGCAGCUGUGUACUUAAUUAAUGUGAUAACAAAUAGAUAUCCGGAAAAACAAAUAACUGCAUCAAUUGUCCAAAAGAUUGUGAAUAAUGCAAUUCAACUUCUUGUAUUAAAUGUGUAAAUAAUACCUAUCUCAACUCAUCCACAGUGUAAAGAAAACAAUUAUACCUGUACUUAAUGUGAUAGCACGACCUACUUAUUCAAUAAUAAAUGCGUUAAAAACUGUCCAAUGCUAGGCUUUUUCCAAGAUCCUAGUAAAAGAUUAUGUGUAAAUUGUGAUUCUUUAUGUACAAUGUGCAGCUCAAAUGCAACAGAUUGUAUCGCAUGUAAACCCGGUAGUCUGUAUUCCAAUCGAAAAUGCCUGAAUAGCUGUGGACUUAGGGAAUAUGCAUCAAGUGAGGGCUUUUGUUAUCCAUGUGAUGUGAGCUGCAAUGUUUGCUAUGGCUCAUUAAAUUCAUUGUGUACAAAGUGUAAUAUUGGUUUCUUUCAAAAGGAGAACACAUGUUUAGAAGUAUGUCCUGCUAAAUAUUAUCCUGAACUUGCUACUUAAAAAUGCGAGAAAUGCAAGUUCUAUUGUGAUCAAUGCAAAACUAAAGACACUUGCUAGUCAUGCUAACCUGGCUUUAUUCCAACUAAAACCAAUUGUACAGGAGAGUACUUUAUGAAAACAGGAGAAAAUAAAUCUUUAAGUGUACAAUUUAAUGAAGCUUAGAUACCUUCAUUAUAUAAUCCUUUAGAAAUAACUGCGGAGAUUUGGUUCAGAGGAGACAAUAUGUUAGGUGCUAAUCCUGAAGUAAUAUUAGGAAUGACACCUUAUAAACUGAGAAAAAAAGCAGGCUCAAAUUCUAUUCACAUCAACUUCUAGACAACUUUUACCUUCUGUGAAACAAACGAAACUUUAGAUGAUUAAAAAUGGUAUCAUUUUGCCUUUGCUAUUUCUGAAAAGCUUCUCAAUAUUUCAUGCUACCUCGAUGGAAAUUAGUUCUCAAUUGGGUAAAAUUCAAGAGUCGUUAUUGCUAUGGACGUGAUUAAACCUACUGAGUUAGUCUUUGGUAGUUCUAAGACUCUUUUAGGGUAGGAAAAAAACUUUAAUGGAUAUAUUAAAGAAUUUAGACUUUGGAAGAAAUAUAGGUCAGACUUUGAAAUUAAGCACUUGAGAUAUGUGACAUUUUUAGUUCCAUCUACGGAUUUAAUCGCUUAUUGGAAGUUAAAUGAGAAAAAUGAUGGUACAGUCUCUAUGUUUAAAGAUAGUAGUAUACCUGGGACUAAUAAUCAGGACUCAAUGAUAUCGAUUGAACCAAAUAUUAUUUAAGAUCUAGUAGAAUUCAAGGAAGUCUAUCAUUUAAUUUGUUCAGAUGGUUUCUACUAAAAAUUUAAUAUAACUGCAGGGUAUUAUUAAUGCUACAGCUGCGAUCCAUUGUGCAAGAACUGUAUAGGACCACUCAAUACUCAAUGUUCAGAAUGUUAUCCUCCUUUUAAGCUGCUAUAAGAGGAAAUGACCUGCCAAAUUAUUGAAUCUUGUCCUCAAGGAUACUACAUGGACCCUGAGAAUGGGCUCUGCUUCAAAUGCCAAUAAUUCUGUGAUAUUUGUACAAAUUCCCCAACAAACUGUUCAAUUUGCAAAAAAGGCACAUUCCAUGAAUACUUAGGAACAGGAUGUGUUGAUAAUUGCCCUAAUGAUAUGUAUGGAAACUAUCAAACCUAACUUUGCUACUAAAAUCCAACAGUUGAUUGGAUUACUCCACUCUCAGAUACAUAAUUUUUAUUUGGAGAAUUUAUUGAAGUUAGAGGAAAUUUCACAUUACUAAAUAAUGAGCCUAGAUCAACUUACACUUAUGGAUGGAAGGUUUUAAGAGUAGAUGGAGAUGUAGAUAUUUCUUUUGAUGCUGUUAAACCAUAUUUUGAAACUGAUAUUAGGAUAAUGCAUUUGGAUAAUAAUAUUCUUUAGCCCUAUAACUAUUAUAGAAUAACCUUAUAUGUUAAAGGCGAUACAACUAAAUACAAAAAUCUAUACUCGUAUCUUACUAUUCAAAUUUAUUUAGGAUCAGCACCUAAAAAUGGCAAGUGUAUAGUUUCUCCAAUCCAAGGAAUUGCUACAGUUACAAAUUUUAAUAUUACCUAGAAAGGCUGGGAAGACACGGAAUUAAUUACUCAAUAUUAGUACUUUUUUUCGUUCGAUAAUGGCUAAAUUUAUUUGCCAAUAGACACUGAGGAGAGAAUAUAAUUAUCGAUAUAGUACAAAUUCAAUCCAAUUUAUCAAAAAUUUGCUGAAAUUAGAAUAAUGUGUAGAGCAACAAAUAUUAAGGGAUUUUCAAGCUAGACUUCUACUAUGGUAAUCAUUGAGAAGAAAUCAAACUCUGAUGCUGAAAAAGAUCUUGGUAACAUGAAUACAGUAUUUGCUUCGACAGAAACUGAAAUUCUAUUAAUGAUUAAGUAAUUAAACCUUAUAAGUUAAUUUCUUGGAAAUUUGAAAGUAUCUGAUACUUAAGUAUUUGAUCCAAAGAUUGAAGAAUCACAAUGUAUUCCUGAUAUAUGCAAUCUUAAUGGUGCUUGUGUAUUCUUACCAUAUAUAAAGAAAUAUUAUUGCAACUGCACAGAAAACUUUGGUGGAUAGAAUUGUAGCUUCUCUAAUAAAACUCAAAUAUCGAUGAUAAAAACAAAUUCAAUGAAGCUAGGCCAGUUAUAUGAUACUUUGACUGAUAAAUAAUAUGAAUUCGAGUUCCUGAUAUUAGCUACAACUUUUAGAAGUAUGAUAAGCAAUAUACAAUUAGAAAUCAUAAUUAGCAUUUUGAAUGAUAAAUUAGCUUAAUCAGGAGACUAAGCUUUAGGAGAUAAAGAAUUAUAAAUCUAUCUAAAUAUAGUAUCAAAUCUUUUGGAAUAUCUUGAAGAGCAGAUCAUAAUAAGCAAUAUCACUGAAAACCUGUAAAAUGAUCCCAUAAAGUUAAAUUAGUACAAAGAUUAGCUAGACUCAAUUCUAUAGAUAUUCAACAUUUUAAGGUAAAAUACUCUUUAAUAAAUCAGUAUGUUAUUGCCAGAGAAAUAAUUUACCUCAAGAAUGAUUUCUUAUAAACAAUCACUCAUUUCAAAAGAAACAUUACUAUCCUAUUAAGCUACUUAGAGUACAUCUAGAAGAUCAACUACAUAUAUUAAAGUUUCUGAAAUAAAUUAUGAAGAUGCAAAUGUAGAACUUGAAAAUGACUUCAUUAUAGAGGCUAUUGAAUAUGCCUUAAACCCUUAUCAAAUCAUAAAUACCUUUAAUUUGUCAAACAACAUUUUUGAAGUAACAAUGUAUAAUGCUUCGGAUAAAGCCAAAGCAAAUAUCAAAGAUCUUAAGAAUGGAUUUCAAAUAUUUUUCCCUUUUCAAGAUAACGGAAAUUUGACUUAAUUUGCCAAAGAUUAUAACUCUCUAAGUCCCUUCAAGGCAAAACAAAAAUUCAAGAGAGAUUCAAUGAUUGAAUCAAGUCAUAUCAAAUGUACAUAUUGGAAUGGUACAUUUUGGUCUAACAGUGGAUGUAUAUUCUUAGGCUUUGAAAAUACUCACAUUAAAUGUGGAUGCAAUCACCUUACAGCCAUAUCUCCGACAUUUAUCACUCCAAGAGCUAUAUCAACAGGAGUUGAAGUAUUUAUAAAUAGGUUCAUAAAAUCAGCAGAAAAAAAAGUUGGAAAUAUUGAGCUAGGUGAACUUCUCGUUCCUUUUGGAUAGUACUUCUCUAAUCUUUAAGAGCUUCUCUAGCAUAAAACACCUAAUCCAAUCAGUUUUAUCUUCAAGCCAGGUCCUUAUAUCGUGAUCUUCUUUUGGUUUAUGUACAUAUCAAGUAUUGUAUAUUACUCUGGGAGCGACAGAUUAAAACGAAACAAAAUGACCAAAUCUUAAAACAGAAUAGACUUAGCUGAAAUAAGUGAUGAUCAAAUUCAAUGUCUUAAUAAUGUUAUAAAGGAUCUAAUGGCCAAAGACAAAUCUCGAAAAGUUAAAAAUACAAUUAGCGAAUCUAGCCCUGAGAAAUAAUAAACAAAAAAUGACUCACCUUUUAAAUACAAUAUGAAUAAUGUAUCUGAGGGUUAUGAUCAUUAUAAAUCUGAUGUUAAUAUGCAAACUUGCACAUUUGAUAACGCAGAGCAGGCUAAUAGAAGUUUCUAGGCUUGUAAAGGUAUUCUAACCACCUAAUUUAACAAUAAUCUUAGUAAUGAAGAGUUGGAAAUUUACAAAAAGAGAGCUAGGAAGAGAAUAUUUGGAAGAGUAGGUGAUGUCAAUGAAAGAGCAAGAAGAGUAUAUAAGGACAUUUUUCACCAUAAUUAAUAUACUCCAGAAAAUAAGAUGAAAUUUUUCAAUGAAGCUCUAAGAAGCAAUCUUUGGUUUGGUUUGAUGGCUAAAACCAGCAAGAUUGCUCCAAGACAUGUAAGGUUAACUCUACUCUAUCUUCACAUUUCAAUCCAGCUUCUGGUAAUGACAUUUUCUUACUUGUUUGCUUACUAAGACAAAUUGGCUGUUUGGAUUGAUUUUUCAAUGAUCUCUACCCUGGCCAUUUGUUCAUUGCCUUUGAUGGUCUCUUGGAUUUUAGCUUUUCCUGUUGCGCUUAUUUUCAGGAUGCCAAUGGAUGUAAGAAGAUAAAUAUAAGGAGUAAGAGCCAAAAAGCUUAAUAAGGUAUUCUAAAACUUAGAAAAUUAGAUGGGAUGUAGAUAUGCCAUAGGCUACUCAAUUAGCUUCACCUUUUUUAUAAUGAUGACGAUUCUUGUGAUUUUUUUAAACUAUGUUUACCCUACUGACUACUGCAUGAAUUGGUUUAUAAUGGUAUUCGUUUUAUUUAUUAUGGAUAUGCUAGUGUAUACAUUUGCUUUUGCAGGUUUAUAACUAAUCAAUAUUAUUAUAUCAGUAAAAUUUAAGCCGUUCUACCAUGUUUGGGCGACGUUAGAAAUAAUCAGGUAUUAUAAGAAUUUACGAGGCUGA